AUGGGUAGGUUCAGGGGCGGCGCGGUGCGGCCGCGUGCCAACUCUCGUCACUUGACAAAUGAUUACGGACGAAUGACGCUACUGCGGCCGAUCGAUGUAGCUAGUUCAUCGGUCAUAUGGGCAUCCGUUGAACAAGGUUACGUAAAAAAUUUUGAUGUCUUACAAACUUUGGGACGUGUCUCGCGCUGCGUUUCGCGUCGCGUUGCGCGCUGCGUUUCUCGUCGCGUUUCGCGCUGCGUUUCGUUGAGCGUGUUCCCUUUCUUCGCGCGAUCACGUGACCUUGGCGAACGCGAGCGGAGCGUCGCAUGCGACGGCCGCCUCCGCGGCUCUUUCUCCUUCUGUUUACUUUGGCAUUCGCUAUCUGCGCACUCGAGUAUAGCAAACCCGCCUCUGCUGACUGUUUACAUGUUCAUUCACGAGCGUCUGCGUGUGCGAGCCUGUGCGUACACAUGCAAGGCGCCCGUGUGUGCGUUGCGCCUGCGCAAACCAGUCGACGGUCGGCGUAGCGAGCCCCUUUGUUUGUUGACAAGCCGCGCGGGCCAGUUUUGUUUGCGGGCGGACGCAGUGCUAGACGGACGUGUCGAGCGCGCUCCCGUGCUU